GGGUUUGCCCCCAAAUUACCUGGGGGCCUCCCCCCCGGACCGCCUAUUUUUUUAGGGGCUUACCCCCCCAGACCGCCUGUUAUUUCAGGGGGCUUCCCCCCCAAGGCCCCCGCCGUAAUGGGGGGUAACAAUAGGGGGUUUGCCCCUAAAUUACCUAGGGGCCUCCCCCCCGGACCGCCUAUUUUUUUGGGGGCUUACCCCCCCGGACUGCCUGUUAUUUUGGGGGCUUACCCCCCCGGACUGCCCGUUAUUUCGGGGGCUUACCCCCCCAGACCGCCUGUUAUUUCGGGGGCUUACCCCCCCGGACCGCCCGUUAUUUUGGGGGGCUCCCCCCCCAAGGCCCCCGCCGUAACGGGGGGUAAGUAA